CAGGAAGAUAAUUCUAUAUCCCUGGGCCUCCUAGAGUUUUCUAUUCUGAUUUUAUUGGUUUAAUGUUAUUUGUUUGAAAGCACCAGAAGUUAAUUUUGGCUAACACAAGCAAAAAGAGAAUUUAUUGGAAGGAUAUAGAAUAGCUUACAAAACAGAAAAGUUGAUGAGCCAGUCCUCAGAAAGGAUGGGAGCCAGAACAGCCUGAGGAUCUUGGGAGCAGGAACUUCUGUGGUCUGAAUAAACAUCAUGAAUAUCCAGUUCCUGUUUUUUUGUGUUUAGAAGUCAAAGUCCAGGGAGAGAGGCCCAGUUGGUGUAGCUUGGGUCAGCACAGGGCACCUUGACUUCAUAGUUAAUACAGACUAAAUCCUGUGGAGUGAGGUGUUUCCCCUGAGCCACACCAAGCUGCUGUUCCUCAUAGAAGGGGAUGACUACUGGGCAGGCAGGAACAGGAGGUGCCCUCUGCCUUCACGCUCCCAGGAAUAACUAUAGGACCAAGAGCAGAGACUUCUCUACCAGUGUGAAUUUUGCUUGGUGACCAUUAUUCAGAGGCCUAAGCUUUUGGGUGUUUUUAUGUUGAGGACCAACCCCACUGAACAUUAUUCAUGGGUACCUGCACAUGUUGUUCUUUGUCACUGAUGUCCAGUGUGUGCCAGGCUGAUCCAUGGUCACUUUCCGGGAUGGCAGCAAGGUGACUUCGGCUGAGGAUGACCCUGACUGAAAGGCUGCGUGAGAAGACAUCUCGGGUCUUCUACAACCAUGGGCUCCUCUGUGCAUCCUAUCCCAUCCCCAUCAUCCUCUUCACAGGGCUCUGCAUCUUAGCCUGCUGCUACCCGCUGCUGAAACUCCCCUUGCCAGGAACAGGACCUGUGGAAUUCACCACUCCUGUGAAGGAUUACUCACCCCCGCCUGUGGACUCCGGCCAUAAACAAGGAGAGCCUGCUGAGCAGCCUGAGUGGUAUGUGGGUGCACCGGUGGCUUAUGUACAGCAGAUAUUUGUGAAGUCCUCAGUGUUUCCCUGGCACAAGAACCUCCUGGCAGUAGAUGUAUUUCGUUCACCUCUGUCCCGGGCAUUCCAGCUGGUGGAGGAGAUCCGGAACCACGUGCUGAGAGACAGCUCGGGGACCAGGAGCUUAGAGGAGUUGUGUCUACAAGUGACCGACCUGCUGCCAGGCCUCAGGAAGCUCAGGAACCUACUCCCUGAGCAUGGAUGCCUGCUGCUGUCCCCUGGGAACUUCUGGCAGAAUGACUGGGAACGCUUCCAUGCUGAUCCUGACAUCAUCGGGACCAUCCACCAGCACGAGCCUAAAACCCUGCAGACGUCAGCCACACUCAAAGACUUGUUGUUUGGUGUUCCCGGGAAGUACAGUGGGGUGAGCCUCUACACCAGGAAGAGGAUGGUUUCCUAUACCAUCACCCUGGUCUUCCAGCGCUACCAUGCCAAGUUCCUGGGCAGCCUGCGUGCCCGCCUGAUGCUUCUGCACCCCAGCCCCAACUGCAGCCUUCGGGCGGAGAGCCUGGUCCACGUCCACUUCAAGGAGGAGAUUGGUGUCGCCGAGCUCAUCCCCCUCGUGACCACCUAUAUCAUCUUGUUUGCCUACAUCUACUUCUCUACGCGCAAGAUCGACAUGGUCAAGUCCAAGUGGGGGCUGGCCCUGGCUGCUGUGGUCACGGUGCUCAGCUCGCUGCUCAUGUCUGUGGGACUCUGCACACUCUUCGGCCUGACGCCCACCCUCAAUGGCGGCGAGAUUUUCCCCUACCUUGUGGUGGUUAUUGGGUUAGAGAAUGUGUUGGUGCUCACCAAGUCUGUGGUCUCAACCCCGGUAGACCUGGAGGUGAAGCUGCGGAUCGCCCAAGGCCUAAGCAGCGAGAGCUGGUCCAUCAUGAAGAACAUGGCCACGGAGCUGGGCAUCAUCCUCAUUGGCUACUUCACCCUAGUGCCCGCCAUCCAGGAGUUCUGUCUGUUUGCCGUGGUGGGCCUGGUGUCUGACUUCUUCCUUCAGAUGCUGUUUUUCACCACUGUCCUGUCCAUUGACAUUCGCCGGAUGGAGCUAGCAGACCUGAACAAGCGGCUGCCCCCUGAGGCCUGCCUGCCCUCAGCCAAGCCAGUUGGGCAGCCAACACGCUAUGAGCGGCAGCUGGCUGUGCGGCCGUCCACACCCCACACCAUCACGUUGCAGCCAUCUUCCUUCCGAAACCUGCGGCUCCCCAAGAGGCUGCGUGUCGUCUACUUCCUGGCCCGCACCCGCCUGGCACAGCGCCUCAUCAUGGCUGGCACCGUUGUCUGGAUUGGCAUCCUGGUGUACACAGACCCAGCAGGGCUGCGCACCUACCUCGCUGCCCAGGUGACGGAACAGAGCCCACUGGGUGAGGGAGCCCUGGCUCCCCUGCCUGUGCCUAGCAACAUGCUGCCUGCCAGCCACCCGGACCCUGCCUUCUCCAUCUUCCCACCUGAUGCCCCUAAGCUACCUGAGAACCAGACGUUGCCAGGCGAGCCACCUGAGCAUGGAGGUCCAGCAGAGGUCGUCCAUGACAGCCCAGUCCCAGAGGUAACCUGGGGGCCUGAGGAUGAGGAACUCUGGAGGAAAUUGUCCUUCCGCCACUGGCCGACACUCUUCAGCUAUUACAACAUCACGCUGGCCAAGAGGUACAUCAGCCUGCUGCCUGUCAUCCCAGUCACGCUCCGCCUGAACCCAAGGGAGGCCCUGGAGGGCCGGCACCCUCAGGACGGCCGUAGUGCCUGGCCCCCGCCGGGGCCUGUACCGGCUGGGCACUGGGAGGCGGGACCCAAGGGUCCAGGUGGGGUGCAGGCCCACGGAGACGUCACGCUGUACAAGGUGGCGGCGCUGGGCCUGGCCGCAGGCAUCGUGCUGGUGCUGCUGCUGCUCUGCCUCUACCGCGUGCUCUGCCCGCGCAACUACGGGCAGCCGGGCGGUGGGCCGGGGCGGCGGAGGCGCGGGGAGCUGCCCUGCGACGACUACGGCUACGCACCACCCGAGACAGAGAUCGUUCCACUGGUGCUGCGCGGCCACCUCAUGGACAUCGAGUGCCUGGCCAGCGACGGCAUGCUGCUGGUGAGCUGUUGCCUGGCGGGCCACGUCUGCGUGUGGGACGCGCAGACCGGGGACUGCCUCACACGCAUCCCGCGCCCAGGCAGGCAGCGCCGGGACAGUGGCGUGGGCAGCGGGCUUGAGGCUCAGGAGAGCUGGGAACGACUUUCAGAUGGUGGGAAGGCUGGCCCAGAGGAGCCUGGGGACAGCCCUCCCCUGAGACACCGACCCCGGGGCCCUCCGCCGCCUUCCCUCUUCGGGGACCAGCCCGACCUCACCUGCUUAAUCGACACCAACUUUUCGGCACAGCCGCGGCCCUCAGAGCCCACUCAGCCCGAGCCCCGGCACCGGGCGGUCUGUGGCCGCACUCGGGACUCCCCAGGCUAUGACUUCAGCCGCUUGGUGCAGCGGGUGUACCAGGAGGAGGGGCUGGCGGCUGUCUGCACGCCAGCCCUGUGCCCACCCUCGCCUGGGCCAGUGCUGCCCCAGGCCCCUGAGGACGAGGGUGGCUCCCCCGAGAAGGGCUCCCCUUCCCUCGCCUGGGCCCCCAGCGCGGAGGGUUCCAUCUGGAGCUUGGAGCUGCAGGGCGGUCUCAUCGUGGUGGGGCGGAGCAGCGGCCGGCUGGAGGUGUGGGACGCCAUUGAAGGAGUGCUGUGCUGCAGCAGCGAGGAGGUCUCCUCAGGCAUCACCGCUCUGGUCUUCCUGGACAAAAGGAUUGUGGCUGCAAGGCUCAACGGUUCCCUUGAUUUCUUCUCCUUGGAGACCCACACUGCCCUCAGCCCCCUGCAGUUUAGAGGGACCUCAGGGCGGGGCAGUUCCCCUGCCUCUCCGAUGUACAGCAGCAGCGACACGGUGGCCUGUCACCUGACCCACACAGUGCCCUGUGCACACCAAAAACCCAUCACAGCGUUGAAAGCUGCUGCCGGGCGCUUGGUGACUGGGAGCCAAGACCACACGCUGAGAGUGUUCCGUCUAGAGGACUCGUGCUGCCUCUUCACCCUGCAGGGCCACUCAGGGGCCAUCACGACUGUGUACAUCGACCAGACCAUGGUACUGGCCAGUGGAGGACAAGAUGGGGCCAUCUGCCUGUGGGAUGUACUGACUGGUAGCCGGGUCAGCCACAUGUUUGCUCACCGUGGGGAUGUCACCUCCCUGACCUGUACCACCUCCUGCGUCAUCAGCAGUGGCCUGGAUGACCUCAUCAGCAUCUGGGACCGCAGCACGGGCAUCAAGUUCUACUCCAUUCAGCAGGACCUUGGCUGUGGUGCAAGCUUAGGUGUCAUCUCAGACAACCUGCUGGUGACUGGCGGCCAGGGCUGUGUCUCCUUUUGGGACCUAAACUACGGGGACCUGUUACAGACAGUCUACCUGGGGAAGAACAGUGAGGCCCAGCCUGCCCGCCAGAUCCUGGUGCUGGACAAUGCUGCCAUUGUCUGCAACUUCGGCAGUGAGCUCAGCCUGGUGUAUGUGCCCUCUGUGCUGGAGAAGCUGGACUAAGCGUGGGGCCUCCCUGCCCAGGCAGGGGGCUGGGGUGCUGUGUGGGGCCAGUGCACCGGACCUGGACCUGGGGGAAGGAGCUGAGUAUCUUCCGGCCGCUGCCUCCUAAAUGUAGAAAUAUUAAACUUUUUUAAAAAACCACA